UGUGUGUAAGAGAGAAAGAGCGAGAGAGAGAUGCUUAUCAGCAUGUGGUGUAAAACUGAGGCCACUUUAUUUUGAGAACUGGAGGCUCAAACACAUUCAGAGAGAUGAAUGCAGCAGAGAAACUCAUCUUCAUUUGUUGUCUCUUUCAAGGUGUUUUGUGUAGAGAAUUCUCCAUCAGUCUACCAGAGAGUGUAGAAGCUGUGAGAGGACUCUGUGUUCUCAUACCCUGCAGUUUUGAGAUUAAAGAACAAUAUGAUGGAGACCUCCAGAAAGAUCCUACAGGAAUCUGGUUAAAAGACGGCAAACAUGCUGACAAUAACAGAGUCUUUAACUCUAAAGAAACUGAAGAGAACAAGAUUGAAGGGAACCUUAUAGGAGACCUCCGCAUGAAGAACUGCACCACCGUCUUCUACAGCAUCAGAAAGAAUUACAGUGGAGUUUAUUACUUUAGAAUAGAAACUUCAGGAGGCCUGAAAUACAAUUAUCUAUCUUCAUCAGUGUCUGUAAGAGUGGGAGCUUCUCCAAUCACACCCUCAAUAACACUGUAUAAGGAGGAUCAGGGGGAGGUGGAGGACCAAAAUGAGGUGGUGGAGGGAACUUCAGUGAGUCUCAUUUGCUCUGCUCCAGCUCCUCCAUGUCUCUUAAAGCCACCCACUUUUACAUGGAACUUCCUGCCUGAGGAGAGAAGACAGCAGCAGAACCACAACACCAGCUUCAGCUCCUCUCAGCUGAACUUCACCGCUACUCACCUUCAUCAUGGACUCAAUUUCACCUGCACUGCCACCUACCAGCUCCAGAACAGGAACAAAUCAGCACAGAGAUCUUUUAUACUACAUGUUCUCUUUGGUCCUAGAAACACGUCAGUAUCAGCGUCUCCAUCUGCUUCAGUGCUUUUGGGCAGUUCAGUGUCUCUGAGAUGCAGCAGUGAUGCAAACCCAGCAGUGCUGAACUACACCUGGUACAGAGAGAACGGAGAGCAGAUAGGAACCGGAAACCAUCUCACCAUCAACACCACUGAUUCUACACACAGUGGUCUAUACUACUGUAGAGCUCAAAACCAGCACGGAGAUCACACCUCAUCUGUCCUCCUGGAUGUUCUGUAUGGUCCUAGAAACACGUCAGUAUCAGCAUCUCCAUCUGCUUCAGUGCUUUUGGGCAGUUCAGUGUCUCUGAGAUGCAGCAGUGAUGCAAACCCAGCAGUGCUGAACUACACCUGGUACAGAGAGAACGGAGAGCAGAUAGGAACCGGAAACCAUCUCACCAUCAACACCACUGAUUCUACACACAGUGGUCUAUACUACUGUAGAGCUCAAAACCAGCACGGAGAUCACACCUCAUCUGUCCUCCUGGAUGUUCAGUAUGGUCCUAGAAACACGUCAGUAUCAGCGUCUCCAUCUGCUUCAGUGCUUUUGGGCAGUUCAGUGUCUCUGAGUUGCAGCAGUGAUGCAAACCCAGCAGUGCUGAACUACACCUGGUACAGAGAGAACGGAGAGCAGAUAGGAACCGGAAACCAUCUCACCAUCAACACCACUGAUUCUACACACAGUGGUCUAUACUACUGUAGAGCUCAAAACCAGCACAGAGAUCACAACUCAUCUGUCCUCCUGGAUGUUCAGUAUGCUCCUCAGCUCUCUCCCUCCUCCAGCUGUAACACCACUCAGGAUCUGAUCCUGUGUUCCUGUGAGGUUCAUGGAAAUCCGUCUCCUAAACUGGAGUGGCGUGUCUCUGGUCAAAGUUCUUCAGCCACCAGUGAAGAGUCUGUGAACAAAACAACCUCAAGAAGCUUCAUCUCCAUCCGUCAGUCAUUUACAGACGUGCUCACUCUGCAGUGUGUUGUCUCCAAUAACCUGGGCAUUAGCACACAGUUCUUCUAUUUUAAGAAAGUGGCUCCUCACUCUGCUAAAGGUGUGGAUAUUUCCUCCGUGCUGAUUGGUGCAGCUGUUGGAGCUUCAGUAAUGAUGAUGCUGUGUGGUGUAUUCCUGUGUGUAAGGAGAGUGAACCCUUCCCAGUCUGGACGAGGAGACUCAGCAGGCCUCGUUUUAAAUGACCGGGCUGUUCGUCAGGAAGAAGAAGGAGAGUCUGUGUAUGCGAACAGACGAGUUUCAUCAGAGUCUCUUCAUUACUCCACUGUUAGGUUUCCAAACAGAACAGCCAAUGAGAACACAGAUCUUCCCUCUCUCACUGCCGACUACGCUACCGUGCACCACGGCUCCAAACAACAAGAUAACAGAAGAAUGACAAAAACUGAGGUUAAAGAAAGAGAUUCAGAGCAGAUAAAACACUCAGAUGGAGAUGAAGUCCUCUACGCACAAGUUAAACCUCGCAAAAGUGAACGGAAAAUGUGAAAAAGUUACAUUGUUUAGCUGUUUUAUGUCAUUAAUGUAAGUAAUUGAGAUGAAGUUUAUUGCAUUGGUGAAAGAAGUUGCAGUCUUUCGUCCGAGUAUUAGUAAGUAUAUAUAAAAAUGUUAUAUAAUUUUUAAGUGCUAUAUUGGGGCAGGGGAAGCUUGGUGGUUAAGGCUCGGGGUUACUGAUCGGAAGGUCGGCGGUUCAAAGCCCCAGCACUGCCAAGCUGCCGCUGUUGGGCCCUUGAGCACGGCCCUUAACCCUCCCUGCUCCAGGGGUGGCGUAUCAUGGCUGACCCUGCACUCUGACCCCAACUUCCUGACAUGCUGGGGUUUGCGAAGAAAAGAAUUUCACUGCGCUGUAGUGUAUAUGUGAGAAAUAACGACUCAUUAUCAAUGUGAGUUACAAAUCUACCCAUGUCCUUUUAUUUCAUUUGAAUUUAUGAUUUUUGUGAAAAUUAUUAUUAU